AGCACAACUCCGGAAGAUGUUUUUGGAUUAACGCAUGCGCGUUGUGCACUGAACCGUUCGAAACAGCAGCGCGAAAAGUAGCUCGGCCGCUGUGAGGAACUUGUCUAGUUUGCGAUUUUAUGCGCAUAGAUGUGUGCUACAUUUGUGUCUUAACGUUAUAUAACUUGUUUUAGAUCUUAAUUUGUACACAAAGAAAGAUGUUUGUUGUUGCUUCUACCAGUGUCUUAUUUACGUUAGCUUAACCAGACGUUAUUACAUUGCGUUACAUUAACGUUAGCUACAUUUGCUAUAUAUUUACUUUAUCGUUAACUACGUUAACGUUAGCUAGCAGAUAUGAAGCCCGUGCGAGGUUCUAACCGGGCCGCAUCAAAAGCACCUAACUUGAAAAAGAAGAACAAAUCAGAUCAGACGACGAAACAACAAGCAACAGAGCAUCAGGACCCGGGACGCAGUGACAAUAACCAUGGCAAGAGCACCCACCCAAAACCAGCACAGAAGAGGAAAGCUGAAGGCUCAUCUUCCAUUCUUAACAAAGUCAAAGGUCAGGAAAACUGGAAGCUGAUACCGGGGUCCUCCAUCACUGCUGUGGAGAACAUAAUGGACUUGUCAAUACUGGCAACUCUUGCUUUGAGGCGGACAGAGAAGAAAGAGAGCCAGGAACAUCUGAACAUAAUGAAAAACAGGUUCCUUGCUCAAUGUGCACAGCUCAAAGUUCCAGUGCAGAAAGAAAAGGAUUUAGCUCGUUCAUCUCACCGCCACCAGGAGGAGACCAAGAAGUCAGUAGUUGGAAAGAAGACUCUGAGCAGCCUGGAGGAGAACUUGAGAGCUGUGGUCAGUGCUCUGGAGAAGACAGAGGAGCAGACUGUCUCUUUACAGCACACACGCACUAUGCUGAGAGACCAGGUGGAGGAGGAGGAGGAGAAAGCUAAAGAGAUCUUACAGAUAACUGAACAAGCAGUUCUCAACCUUGCCCCCCUCCCUCCACAAAAAGAUGAAACAACAUUAGAGGCUCGGAUGAGAAAAAUUAUAGCAGACAGGGACUCUGAGACCACUGCCCGGAAACUGGGAGAAAUCCUGCAGAAAUCAGAGGCCUCCCAGGAUGCUCAGGCACUGCUUCUACAGGCACACAAACAUGCUGAUCAGCUCUUCAACCCUGGCUUCAUCAUGACCAGUGGUGCACCUUGUUCAGACUGGAACCUUGCCAAACGUCAAAAUAUUUAAAAAGCAAAUUUACCAAUGUAAGAAGUUUGCAAGUGUGCACAUUUUCCCAUAUACCCAAACAAUGUUUGGGUAUGGUUUGGGGAAAUAUUACUUUGUCUUAAUAUUACUCAGUUCCACUUUUUCUGGUUGUGAAACACCUGCAAUAAUCAAAUUCAGCCCCCCCAAAAUAGCAGCCACAAUGUAGAAUUACAAAGUUUCCAACUGUACAAUUACAAAAUUUCCAACAGUAGUAGUACUAAAAAAAAGACACUGGGGCAGACAGCAAUUUAAUCAAUAUUUACUGCAAAGCUUAAACCAUGAAGUUUCUUUAAGUUUGAGAAACGCAAUUUGGUAAAAUAAAAGGAACAUCAUAUUGGCAGAUAAAAUAAGAGAAAAACUGCCAUUCAUUUCUACUUUAAACACAGUAAACUGAAAUUCACACUCUGCACCAUGCUGCUCCUUCCCCUUCACUAGUUUUCUUUCUUUUUGUUGUUGUUUUUUUGCCUUUAUUUGAAAGCUGAUAGCAUAGAGGCUGACAGGAAACAAGGGGAGAGAUGCAGGGGUAUAACAUGCAACAAAGGUCUGCACCCAGAAUCAAAUCACGGACAUUGUGGUCAUGUGGUAUGCGCCUUCGCCAUUUGACUACUGGGGUGCCCCUCUUCCACUAUUACACUUUUUUUGAUUGAGAGAAAGUUCAGAUAUCCAACUUCUCUGUCAUUGUUGCCUAAACACCAGAACACAUAAAUGUCAUUAAAGAAAUACUGUACUUGCAAAUAGAUAAUAGAUAACAGAUAGAUAAUAAAGACUAACUCGUUGUUCAUAAUUGAAAUUCUUCCUGUUGGACCUUGAAGACAUGAGUGCAUGUUGUAGACAAUCAACUGGGACUGUAUGAACAGAUGUAAUUAAAUAGAUAACAUUUAAAGAAA